UGGCGCGUGCGUCGGGAGGUGAGAAAAGGAAGAACCCCCGCCGAUCAUUGGAUUAGAAUCACCAGACACGAGAGAGAUGGAGGGAGGGAGGGGAUAGAACGGAAAAAUGAAACAUAGGUAGAUGGAGGGCGAGAGCGGCAGAGAUGGUGAAAGUGGUCGGUGAAUAGGAGAAUGUCAGAGAUUAUUGAUCAGCCGGAGUACUCUCUAAAGAAAGAACGCCCUCCCCCCUUCUCUGUGAUGUUUUGGUUACCCUCCCCACGUAUGCACUUGUGUUGUGACGUGAUGGAAACUGUAGAGUCCCUCCGGCAACCUGCUGCACGAGACGCACCGACCACCAGACAGACCGACCGACUGACAGACAGACGACCCUGACUCACACAAGGGCAACAACAGGGAAACCGCCACGUUCAUGGACUGAGGAACACCAUGACCAUAAAAAUCUAUAGUAAUUCUGUAGUCCGAUAAACGAAACCGGGAGGACCUCGCAACUCCCACAGCAGUGCGCCGAGGCCACGAGCGUUUUGCGCGUGGGGGCAAACGGACAAAAAUAAAAUAGUUCACUCUGGAAAGGAGCGGUCUGCAGGCGUUGGGUUGUAUGAGAAACAUAUCCUGAAUAAGUGGAGACAAUUUUCUGAAACGGUAAAAUACGUGAAAAACACAUUGGAAAACGUUAAAAAGGACACCUAAAAUACUUAAAAAUUCCAGAAAAUAAAUCUGAUGUUCCGUGGUGUAAACUGUAUGCUACUGCGCCUGGAAUGACUGAGUACUUUCUUUCAAUGAAAGGAUAGUGUCAGUGAACACGUCUUUCCAGGAUGGAGUUGCCGUGGAUUAAACUCGUGCUGCUGUUCUUUUGGAAUUGUUUGGGAAACAACAGGGCGGACUACAACCAUGGUCACAGGUGGACGGGCCAGGAGGUGUUGUCCAAUGGGCUUUGUUGGUACGGGACGAGGAUGGAGUGCUGCUGGGGCUGGACCAGGGCUUCCUGGGGGCAAUGCCAACCUCUGUGCCAGACAGAGUGUAAACAUGGAGUCUGUGUUGGACCGGAUAAAUGCAAGUGUCAUCCUGGAUUCACUGGCAAGACCUGCAAUCAAGAUGCCCGUACCUGUGCCAUGGCAAACUGUCAGUAUGGCUGUGAGGUCAGCAAGGGGGAGGUCCGAUGCCAGUGCCCGUCACCAGGGUUACGGCUGGGCCCGGACAGACGCACCUGCGUGGAUAUUGAUGAGUGUGUAACAGGUCGAGGGGUGUGUCCUCAAAGCAGGAAGUGCCAGAACACAUUCGGCAGCUAUGUGUGUAAAUGUUACCAUGGCUACAAACUCACCUACAUCAAUGGAAGAUACCACUGCAUAGAUAAGGAUUCCCGUCCCUUCUGCUCCCUCAACCCUGCCUCACCCAAGUGCCGCUGCAGAGACCAAGGAAAAGACUGCCAUCCUGUUGCCAAGGUCACCAUUGAGCCUCCUCAACCCAAAGCAACUCCUGAAGCACCAAGACCUACAACAAAACCAACCCCUAGAUCUACAGCCAGACCUACACCCAAACCUACACAUAAACCUACAGCCAAACCAACACCAAAAUCUACACUCAGACCUUCACCAAAACCUACACCAAAACCUACACCCAGACCUACAACCCAGCCUACAGCCAAAGCUACACCAAAUCAGACAACUACACCCAAACCUAAACAGACACCCAGACCUACACCUAUAAAGACAACCAAACCCUCAACAACCAUUACAUUCAGAACCACAACCACUACUACUGCAACCAUAGCGACUGCAACCACAGCAACCACUACCAAGGCAACAACUACCAGAAGACCUACCACCACAACAACCAUCGCUACAACAAACGCUGUCCCAACAGCUGAUCCCAUGACACCAACCACUACUCAGCCACCAGCAACUACCAGUCAUAUUCCUACCACUACCCCUGAAACUACCACCACCAAUCUUGUUAUGACAACCAGAUUUCCUACAACAACCAUUGACUGGACAAUCAUUGUCCCAGCAACGUUUGACGCGACGACCCCUAACCCGACAACAGUUGAGACGAAGACCACCGUCCCGACAACACCCACCAAAAACACAGUCCCAAACACUAGCCCCUCCCCUAACAACAUUAGCCCCUCCCCUACCCCCACUUUCGACAACCACAUUCAGAAGGAGGUGACACAGAGGCCAAGAGGAGAUGUGCAGAUCCGUCGUCAUCAAGGUGCUAACCAGGUGUUGGACUUUGACAUUGAGCUUGGCAACACUGCUGAGAACCACCGGGACGACCCAGACACUGGUUCUCUGAGCUGUUCCUUUGACCAUGGCCUGUGUGGUUGGAUCCGAAACAGAGAUGGAGAUCUGCACUGGGAGACAGCUAACGACCCAGCAGGUGGCCGCUAUCUCACUGUCCCAGAGUUAGGAGCGGAGAAAGAUAACAUGCGAGGCGCGCGACUGGUCCUCCCCAUAGCCCCAAGCUGGAGCGAGGGCCACCUCUGCUUCUCCUUCCGCCAUUGGCUGUCGGGACACCACGUGGGCGUGCUCCAGCUGUUCGUCAGGAGGACUGGGAGGGGUUUGAGAUAUAGCCCUGCCCUCUGGAGCCGGACAGCAGGGGGGGGGUGGAGACACACACAGGUUACCCUAUUGGGAGUCGGGAUGGACAGUGUUCUGCUGAAAGGAGAGAGGAGGCGUGGCCACAAGGGAAACAUCGGAGUGGAUGACCUCAGACUGAGGAGAGGAGUCUGCCGGGAUGAGAGACUAUAACACACACACAAACACACCACAGACACACAGCACAGACACACAGACACACACACACCACAGACACAGCACAGACACACACACUAUCACAUAUCUUUGAUUCUUAAAUUUGGUCAGCUACACAUUUGCAGAUGAUAUUGAUUGAUGAACCUCAUCAAUCAGAUUGAUUAGAGCAUGACUAUGAUUCGGCUGUAUCAGCUGAUUGUAUGAAUAAAGAAACACAUAAGAAUUGGUCAAAAUCCAUUUAGUUUUUCUAUAUAUUAUUUCGGUAACUUAUAUUCAAUAAAAGAUUUGUGUCUGGGGAGCCCUUCUGAUUGGAGCGUAUACAAACUAAAUGAGUUGGUAUUAAAGUCUCGCAGUGA